AGAUUCGCUCGCUUCACAUCAGGCUUGGCGUUCUCCAGGUUUCCCUGACCUCAUGUCUCGUUACGGCAUGAUUCCACAUGACAAAUGAGUUUCUAUUCUCGUUAACAAAACAGGUUCGAUGUGCGAAGCGCGGCGGAGUGCGGUUCACGGUGGGGGGCAACCCGUGGUUCUUGAUGGUGCUCAUCCACAAUGUGGGCGGCGCGGGGAACGUGGUGGCAGUGAGGAUCAAGUGCCCAUACACCGGGUGGGUGCCAAUGUACCGCAACUGGGGUGCGUUGUGGACCGUGCGGACUAAGAUGAGCGGGCCGCUGUCGUUCGUGGUGACGACCAGCGACAGGCGGAGUCUGGUACUGAGGAACGUGGUGCGCAACGGGUGGAGGUUUGGGCAGACAUGGGCGAUGAAGGCGAGGUGUGGAGGGAGCGGAGCCGGGACGAGGGGGAGCUGGGAGGUGAUGAUGAAGAGGAGGUGGACGCUGCUUGUUUGAGAUGUGGCGCCUGCGCAAGGAAGCGAGGCCGUUCAUCCAUGAGAAGCUAGUUCGGGUGCAGGUAGAAAGGUUUGUGUGGGGUGGAAGCCGGGUGUGUGGACCAGAGAUUUUUGUGAAAGCCGGUGACAUCACGGAGCUUCCGACAGAUUGACGAGAGGUGCGACGAUUAGGUGUGAUGCUUAUAUGCCAGCAGCCAUUGAUGCUGGGACGAUUGUAAUCUACAUUGACUCCGCUUUGGUGCUACUAUGUUGUACGAUGCAUGGGUUCGGGUGAAUGGAGGUGGGUACUUGGAGCCAUGUGUGCCGAUCUGGUUGUUGUUUGUGGUGAUUGUGCAUGGGCCGUGUCCAUAAUGCUUGUGUCCACGACGCCCAUGAUCCCACUUUACCGCCUAAGUAGCUGAUCUUGCAGCGUAGAUCUUAAAGUGGGGAUGCUCUAUUGUUGUCGUGAAAUUGAUUGUGUUUGAGUGACAGUGAUUGACACGAAUAUAUCCUGUUUUCUAAAUAGGAAAGGUUAGAGAGUACUCAAAGUUGGGCAAAAAUGGAAGCUGUGUAGAGAUUGGAGAUAAUGAAUAGUUCUGUAACAUACAGUUCCUAGAGGCUUGCAAACUAGUAAGGGUUGCAUCUUGUAAAUGGGAUGAGAUUUUUCUAAACAGCAUUUAUUUUUUAUUUUUUA